AUGCACCUAAACGCCCUUGAUGGCGACGAUGAUCUCAGGAUUCACAACGUCUCAAUUCUUCCAUCCGAUCAAUGUGCUACAGAUGAUCAGAGAGCAGCGAAAUGUUGUUGUGGAACGGGGUUCUUCUUUGAUUUUCCCAAUAAGAGAUGCGAGGUAUCCGCAAAUGUCGGUUUCAUGUUUGGUCGACUCAACAAUGGAUGGAGUCAUAUGUUCGUCUAUGCGCUUGCCUAUCCGGUACUUCUCUUUUGCUUGAUUGCCCCGUUGUGCGCGGUGAUGUUAGGAAUGGGAAAGAGAGAGAAACGAGAAGGAGAUCGACGAUAUCCAAAUCCUCUCUAUCAAAUGAUCUGGUUGCUCACAUUUUGUGGAUGGGCUUCCGUUUUAGCGCCACUCCCAUUCACUGUCUGGUAUUACAUUAUUGGUGAGGGAACGAGAUCAAUGAAUCAAUCGGUUGUGAUGUGUCAUCUCUUUCGGACAACAAUGGAGACAAUCCCGCACACAAUGGACACAAUGAUGACCUUGUUCUCGGUGAUGCUCGCUGGAGCAAGAUUUCUCACUCAAUACCACCGAAACACGUUAAAAUUGCGAACAGUUGAGCGCUUCUCGCGGGCGAUUUGGGCAAUCAUCUUCGUUUGUGUCUCGCUGGGAUUGUUGCGUUUUUUCGAGCACGAUGCAGCUGUUUAUCAGUUCUGUAUGGACACGGAACCUCGACCACAAUGGGCUGGCCGUUGCAUGGUUCGUGAUGGAGCGUUGAUCAAUUUAGUCAAUCGAUCUUUUUGGAAAGUAGCUCUUCCACUAGCUGAUUUCGUAGUGCAAUUCCUGGUACCGGGUUUGUUGUUGGCGUUAUUGCAUAUCGGUUUCAUCCGAGAGCCGAUCAUUGACAUGGGAGCCCUCACUAGACACAACCGAUUUGGACGUACCCCACGCGAUCAAACGCGAAUCCUCAUCACCACUGUUACUGUGUCUUUUCUCAUUGUACAGGUACCGACAGCGUUCAUCACGACGCUUUCGCUCACAAUAAAUCACUUUCAAAAUAAUCAAGCUUUGAUGGUGCUUGCUGUGGUGACAGGCCACGUGCAACCUUUCCUCUCAAUUUCGACUAUUGCCGCCAAUUGUGCCGCGCUUUUAACUGCCUAUUAUGUUAUUGUAAAAGAUGAAGACGAGGAUGUUGGUGGAUCUUCGCGUAACUCGAUCUCCGACACAGAACACGGAGCCGCUGAGUUGCUCCUUAAACAGCAACAACAACGAAGGAACACUAGAACGUAUCUGAGUGUGUCACAUUCAUUUGAUACGGGAAGUCUCCGAUCAUCGCUCUUCUCAAGAAAAGGCUCAAAUUUCCCAGAAGAUGACAUUUUA